GUUCAAGGUACGUCGCAAAAGCUGGUUAUAUUAAUAAAAAUCAAAUAUUCACGGGAAUUUUGUAAAUUCUUAGAGUACAAUUGUAGCAUUCUUCCCGAGACAUUGUCGUUGAUUCUCUUUGAAUCAGAGUGAUUCGCAAUGUCCUUCGUCGUAGCGUUUUUCAGUCCGGGAAGAAAGGGUCUAUUUAUUAAGUAUACAACGUGAACCAACUAAAGCAGACCAAAUAAUUCUUGUAUACUUAGCCGUAUUUGUUCUUAGUAUAUUAUAGAGCGUGAUAAUUUUCAUAAUUUCUAAAUAUAGAAGAUCAUUUUUUACAACAUAAAGCUUUCAAACGUGUUCCUUUCCUCUAGCACUUGAACAGUCAGAUUGCGUAUGAAAAUUGUGCGAUACUUUUAUAGUUGAGCGUUUUAAUUGGUCCAUGUUGUAUUAUCGCUUUAGUUGACGAACAAUUAGGAUAAGGCGUUUUAACGUUUUAUAAAGAAACGAGAGAGAAAGAAGAUUUUGCGACGUGAUUUGAAUUAAGAGUAAAAAUAACCCCGUGAAAGUGAUGAGAACGUAAUAGAGGCGGUAGAGACGUAUACCUAAGAAAACCUAGAAGCGGCCAAACUUAGUAACCUGUCAUAUCGAGUUUAUCGCGGACUAAAUAAUACUAAUCGAUAUAGAAAAGAGACUCGAGAAGCGUAGUGCUACGUUGCUACAUAUUAUUUGAUGAUUAUCGGCGUAUAAUCUUUACCUUUAUCCCCGACGUUUCCAUUUUUUAGGAACAGCAAACCUCGUGACGUUUGUCGUUACUUUUUUAUAUAUUAUAUAGAGAUCACUCGCAUCAGUUCGUAAUUUAAACGUCGCAUCGGUCGUUUUUAGCGGUACAAUGAACAGCGAUCCAAGACCUAUCUUUCAAUCUCUGCUUCACGGACAAUACUUUUGAUGACGUAGUUUUUAAUUCGCAGCUAUUAUCCCCCGUUCAACAAAGAGAAUGUUCGUUAGCAACAUCCUGUUCCUCCAAUUCGUUCACAACUAGUCAUUGUUCGUUUGCUAGAUCAUCCUUGCGUCGUCGGAAUCCUUCUGGCUUUCAUCCCUUUUCGAUUAAUUUCAUCCAUCCUUCGUGUACGCGUGUACACGCGUACAAGUGUUCGUUCGACGAAGUUAAACCUUUGAGGACGGAACACUGUGUUUAAAUAGCAUUUUUUAUAUUUUAAAGUUGACAUUUUCGCGUCCUUUUCAUCUUGUUUUCUAACUUUUGGCGUUUAAUUAUAAUUUAUCGAUUGGAAGAUUAUGAAAAUCUCCAAAUAUAUUUGCUUUUGUCAAAGUAAAAAUUCUUGUAAGAAUCCAAGUUUUGUUCGAACAUGUCAGCUUCUCGUCCUCAAAGGAUUAAACGAACACAAGACAGCCUAAAUUAAGAGUUCGACUAAGAUCGAAGAACACUCGCAAUGAGUGAGUGUUCGAUGGCGAGAAUAGUUUUAAAACAUAUAGUACAAUACGAUAGAUAGAGAGAGAGAAGUGCAGAGUUUCGAGUGCAAUGGGUGCCUCGUAAUCGACUUCGUGAUUAACGUAGACGAGUAGCGUUUUACCGAUUCGUUUUUUGAUCCUCUUCUCUCUGUUUCGAGACACGAGAUGCUUCGUUAAAUCGAUCGACUACUUACGAAACUUGCCCUUUGCCCUAAACGUCUUAUAACCUAGGCACUCUAUUCGACAGACCCUUAACCUUUUCGCUAGUGGAAACAGUGUAGCUCAACUGAUUCUUUCCCCUUUUUUAUCGUUAAUAUUUCAAUACCGUGAUAUUUGAAUAAUUGUUGCCCUACAUUUUCAUUUAUAACCACGUUAACAACUUUUACCACAAAUCUCAUUCGUUUAAUAUGAAUUCGAUGUUUGUGGAUAGGAUGAAUGCGAAAUUAAGAAUCUGCGACUUUAUUUAAAAUAAUUUUAAUAUCAAUAGCUGCUUAAAUACCAUGAUGAUACAUUAGUGCCGGUAAUUUCUAGUCAAUUAUUUCAUCGUUAUAUUAUAAUUUCUUUGAAUGCCGUAAACGUGAUCUUUGAAAGUUGCCCUUUGAAGUUACGGAGUAGCAAAGAGAACGAUGGAACUGCAUACAUGUUCUUAUUAUACAUAAUAUUCGACGCAGUGGGAAGUUUUGUUUAAUAAAAGAUACAGUCAAUCACGAUUGUUUUCGUACACCCCAUGAAAAUCCACUUUGAUCCGAACGAACAUUAACAGUAAUUAGGCAUUCCUCUGAAAUUGCUUUUAAUCUUUUCGACGUAGACUGUACUGAUUUUGCAGCGGAACUUAUUACACUCUUUGUCAUUUUUCUACUAAAAUACUUUUAAAGCUUACUUUGCGUCUUUUUGAGUAAAUAAAUAUAUUGAGCAUACGAAGACUUUCUUGCAUGACUGUAACUUAAAUAUCACGAGUAUACGAUUUAUAGUUACGAAACUAAUUACACGAUUAGACCUCUUUGAAACUGUUCAACCCCCCUUUUCAAACCCCCUUCGGUUCGAUGAGCGAUGCUGGAUAAAAAUGAUGCCCGACUAGAAUUAAAAUAAUGUUUGAUCGAUAUUUCCUAUUAUUAGAAGAACCUCUGUUACCUUUAUCUUUCAGGAUAUUCACUCGAAAUAUAGCCGGUUUUUCGCGCAAAAGAACAAAUAGUUCCAGCGUCGUUCGCGUGAGCCAGCUCAAACAGCCAAAAAUCAAAAGCAAUUUUUUACAGCGCGCGACAAUGAUUUACAAAAUGGAUAGACGAUAUCAAAAUAACGACACAGAACGAGCAAAAAAUACCGAUAAAACGAGCACCGAUUGGCAGACGACAAUUCUCGCGAAAGGAGCUAAGAUUUAUCGUUUCAUUUUCUAGCGAAUUUCCGUCUUUCUGUAUCCUAGUCCUCCUUAAACGUGAUCUAAUUUAUGCACUGCCGGUAAGUUUUAUUUUCUAUCGAUCAGAUACGGAAGGACAAUUAAACGUUAUCAACAGCCUCGUUAUGUAUUUGCAGACGAGCAGGCUACGUAGUUAAGUCCAACAAUUUCUGACUCGUUGCUUUCAGAAAUAUUAGUAAAUACUUCGUUAGAGUUAUGUCGUUCUUUUAUAAUAUUAAUUAGAUCCGAAACUUUUUGACUCGAUAUUCAAGGAAUUUAACGCUGAUGUUUUAUUUGAUUUAUCACCGAAUUAAAUCGAAGAAAAAUUCUGUUCCAUUACGUAGAACUAAUUGAAUUUUCUCUCGCGAGUAAACGAUCGGGAAAGUCUCCAAUUUUCCUCGGUUCGAGCGAGCUCGUUGCGAAUCACUUUUUAUAUCGUAAAGAAGAGAGUAGACUGUUUAAUUUCUCGCGAUGCGUUCGAUGGAACGCGACAAAGAUACCUCGACGAUCUUUGUUGUAUCUGAGAAAAACAUCGCGCACAUAUCAGUAGUAAUUAAUGCAUUUUACUCGGCGUCUUCGUUUCAAUUUUGUCUCGAUCGAUCAAUUACGUCCUUUGUGAUCGGACAUUCGUGAACCAGAGACCAAGUUGAUUCUACGACGCCGUUAAUUAGUGUGUAAUUGUAGACUGUCAAUUAUUACCUGUUACACAUCGAUUUCAUCCGUAACGACGUGUCACGAAGACGAGGCCAUCAAUGGCGAUGAUUCUCCAACUUUUUAACCCUUUCAUUACGAUCCACGUACACGUACGUUCACGAAAAGUUGGAAAAUCGUAGCACGACGGAAUAGAAAUUCCGUCGGACGUCACGUCGAAAAGGUUAGCGGGUCAGUUUGAACGUAUAUCUACGUCAUCCACGAUGAAAGGGUUAAGAACGAACUCCAUCGAACGCUAGAGAAGAGAACACGUUUUCCAACUUUAAGGAGAAGAGAAAAAGGGAAUAGAUUCUUCGUGCGUUCGUGCGUCGAAUCGUUUCGUUGCGAGACUUUCUCGAAUCCGAAAGACGAUAAACAAAUGGCGGAGGAAUAAAACCAAAGAAUAAAACCGAUGUCGAGCGAGUAGCCGAGAGAAGAGAUCAUAUAUAUAAAGAGAGAGAGUGAGAGAGUAGAGCGAGUGUUUUCUGCCAUCGUCAAGUCAAUUUUAUCGCGUACGUAUGUAUAUGUAUCGUUUCAAGUGUGUGUGCGGAUCCAAAGAAACGGACGCCGUCGUUGCAGCUAAGAUAUUUUUGCUGAGAAUCACGAUUCUCCGGUAUACGUGGCCUGAAAUUCGAACAUGAGCGAAAAAAAAACGAGCUGUCAGCUACAGCUCGCGGUGGAAAGUCUCGAAUCAAUCGUUCGAGGCCGAAGAGGAAGAUAGACUAAGGAUUAUAAUAAGCAGCCUCGUUGGGAAGGGAAAUAUAAUAUUCAUCGCACGGGAAUUUGUUUUCUUGCGAUUUCGAAAGAAAGUAGACUAUUUGUAGCAAAGGGAGAAGCUAAAAUACCAAAGAGACAAAUCGUUGGCAAUAAUAAUCGAUGUUUAAAGAAAGGAAACGAGAGAAAGAAAGCGGUAGAGAAGGAUCGUGCGGCGUCUGAGGACAACUUUAUUGUACUUUAUCGUGUAAGAGAGAUUUGUAGAGAGUUUAUAUUAGGGCCAAUUGUCACGGCGAGAGUUCUACGAUAGCGAUGUUUUUUUCCUCCCCUUGCAUCAGUUGUGACCAACUAUUCAGUUCCAUCUUACACAGAAUCAACCGGUAUCGAAUGUACAGCAUUUUUCUCAAAAAACAAUACCCGAAAAAUCGCAAUCAAAGACGGAUUAAAAAAGUACCGAAACAGAGCUCGAAUAGUUGGUUUCAGCUAAACACCUUGUCGCGUUCCAGCGUAAUACUCGCGUAACAGUUGCCGUAAUUAACGAAUCACGUUUGUGUAAUUAGUUGACGACAGAUCAAGCUGAUAAGAGAACGUUAAAAGUUUGAUUUUGUUGCAUGUUAUCGAAUACCCGCUGCUGGCCAAAGUUAGAAUAAUCGUUGUUAAUUCUCGAACGACCGAGCUGAGUCCUUGCUAAUCCGACGUCCUCGUAUUUUUCUUGAAAUAUUAUCGUUUAAACUACCAAAUAUCUAGGCUGUAAUUGACCCAGCUCCUCGGUUCGAGGGUUCAUUUUAUUCGACAAGUAACUCAGUGUUUGAUUGAGUUUAGCACAUUUAUAGUCUUAAUAUAAAUUGAAAGGAUUAAUAUAUCGCAGUCGAAGGAUCGCGCGUACCGAGAAGCGUGUUCCUCGUAAAAAAUCAAAAUUUACAAAGUUAUAUUCUAUGUAUUAUCGUACGUUUGAUCGAAUGCGCGAACAUCGUUAGUUUGUUCGAAAAAAUGUCGCGAAAGGACUUCGCUUCUUCGCGGAUCCUUCGAUGGACAUCGUUUUGGAAACGCGAAAGCUCAAAUUAAAUAAAGAACGUUGGCAAGCUGACGUCUGAUAAGUAGUAAACGUACGUAGAUUUUUCUUAGUUUUUCUAUCUCGCGCUUCUUAGGAAAAAGGGAUAUCGAGAAACAAGAGGGUGGUACAAGGGACGAAACGCAUUUUGGAAGGGUUGAUUUUAUCGAGUCUAUUUUUAUCGGUUUCCUUCGAAAUCAAACAUAAAUACACACACGAGAAGAGGAGAGUUCUUCUACGAAAAUUGUAUUACGCGAUGUGUUACGAUCUGUACGAACAGACAGUGAAUAUGAACAAAAAUCAAAUAAAACGUUACAGUGAAUGUUAGCUAAAUCAUUUGAUUUUCUUCUCUCACCUGUCCAGUUUUCGUUCGAAUUAUCAUUUUUGUUAACGAGUUCCAGCACUGACGAUACGAUGACUCAUACGUGUAUUAGCGCCAUAGAUAAGGUUCUUUCUUAUCGACCCGACAGAACGUACGAUAGAGAGCGCUACAAAGUGAUAAACGCAACGUAUUAAUUUUUCGUGUCAGUACUCCCUAGCAUACGUGCUUAUAAACACCUGUGCAAAGAAUACGUCAAAAAUGAAGCGUAUCGCUAUAUAUUUUGGUUUUCUUCUUAUUGGAAACGUUUGGUCAUCCAUCGAAGAUAAAAAACACUGGCGGGAACUUUCGACUAGCGAACUCGAAGAGGCAUUAUCGUAUAAAUGGAACACGAACAGAGCGAAGAACGUGAUCAUCUUUGUGGGUGAUGGCAUGAGUCCAGACACCAUAACCGCCAGUAGAAUAUAUCGAGCUGGCGAAACCAGCGAAUUGGCUUGGGAAAACUUCCCUCAUAUCGGGAUACUCAAGACGUACAAUGUUAAUAAACAAGUACCCGACUCUGCGUCCACGGCAACAGCAUUGUUCGGAGGCGUGAAAACUAAUUACGAAGUGGUUGGAGUCGAUGCUAAUGUACCAUUGAACGAUUGUGAAGCAAGCUUGAAUACCGACCAUCAUGUGGAUUCGAUCGUUUCCUGGGCACAGGCUGCCGGUAAAGAUACAGGAUUCGUGACGACUACCAGAGUGACUCAUGCCACUCCAGCUCCUUUGUAUGCGCACAGCGCAAAUAGAAGAUGGGAAUGCGAAACGAAGAUGCCAAAUGGUACAGACGGUUGUAAAGAUAUCGCCAGACAAUUGGUCGAGGAUCUACCAGGGAAAAAUAUCAAGGUAAUUAUGGGAGGAGGUAGACAAAUGAUGAAAUCAAACGUCGAGGAGACCGAGUUCGACCCGAUAGAUACAUGGGCUGGGAAAAGAGAGGAUGAUCGUGACCUGAUCGAAGAAUGGAAACGCGACAAAGUUUCCAGAAAUUUAGCCUUCGAUAUCGUUCAGAAUAACGAGGAGCUGUCAAAAGUGGAUACCAAGAAGGUGGACUAUUUAUUGGGGAUUUUCGCGAAUGGUCACAUCGCCAUGGACUGGAACAGAGAGACAGGUCCAGAAGGGCAACCCAGUCUCGAGGAAAUGACCGUGACUGCUUUAAAAGUUUUGCAAAAAUCAAAGCGCGGAUACCUCUUGGUGGUCGAAGGAGGACUCAUUGACUUCGCUCACCAUCGCGGUCAUGCUGCUCAAGCGUUGUUAGAAACUGUUAGAUUUUCAGACGCCAUAAAUGCGACUAUGAGGAUGAUCAACACCGACGACACUCUGGUAAUCGUGACAAGCGAUCACACUCAUUCGAUGAGUUUCAAUGGUUACAGCGAUCGAGGUUCAUCUAUUUUGGGUAUCGCUCAGAAAUCCAAAUACGAUGGAAUCCCCUACACGACGCUCACUUACAGCACCGGGGGACCAAACAACAUGGCGUAUACGGUGAAAGACAACCGUUCUGCAGUCAGAAUAAAUCCAUCUGGCGAAAACACGACAGAUUUCACGUACAGCCAGCAGGCUACUAUAAUAUCUGACGAAGCUUAUCACGGUGGUGGUGACGUUGCUGUCUAUGCGAUAGGCCCAUACGCCCAUUUGUUCCAUAGCGUACACGAACAGAGCUACGUAGCUCGAGUUAUAGCGUAUGCUGCAGACAUGCAAUCCCAUGGAUACGGGAGCAGUGCCAUGAAACGUGACAACAAUAUUUUCGUUAUCGUUUCUUUGUAUCUUAGUUUGAUUUUUGUAGCCUCGCUCGGUUACUGAUAGAUAAUAGGCACACAGUAUUAAUGCAGUAGAAUCUACUGCACUGUAAAGUUAUUAAUUAAUGGCGGACAGAAUACGCCAGAUUAGGUAUUAGAAUGUAAAAAGAGAAGGGAAUAAAUAUCGCUGUUCGUUAUGUAAGUAACGUAUAUUUAAAAAAAAACAGAUCGAAGUUACACAUGGUUCCUUAUCGUACUUAAGUAAGUGGGACAGCAAGUGACUGUGAAAAAUUGCACUUGGAUCCACUUCAUCACAGAUUAGCCUAACUCGUUCAGUGGACACACCAAGUCUUCUCAAAGAUUACUAAUGAGAAUAAUAACCUAUAUGAUAUAGAAUAGACGUUUCUUUUCGCUCUUGUAUACAUAAUGUAUGUGUGUAUAUAUAUAUAUUUGUUUCUCUCUCUCGCGCUCUCUCUUUCUCUCUCUCUUUCUCUCCUCGCGCAUUCUAUCUUUUAUAUCGUUUGUUUUAUAUACAACAAAGUUAAAACGAUUCUCAGUCUUCUGCUGCAGAGGAUAAGAUAAAAUCGCGGAUCGCUGUCCAGGUAACUUUUUUAAAUAUAUCGUAUCUUGACAUUGAUAGUGACAGAAAGGACCUUCGUUUCGCUUCUUCUCGUUGGAAUCAACUCCGUAAUAUCUUUUAAAAACGAUUUCCGCUUUUGACUCGAUGACUUAGCACGCCACCAUCAAUUCCAAGAAUCGAUACGCUGUCAAAUUGUAGUAACGUUAUACAGUUUCGAUUACUAAAUUAAAAAGUUAGUAAUUCACGGAAUCACGUUGAC